AUAUUUGAGAUUUGUCACCGAAGAAGAAAUGCAACGAUGGCGCCACCUCCUGUCACUCACAUUUGAAGCUAAUAACGUCACGUUUAUCGUCAAAUGAAUGACCUCCCGUUCGGUACAUUUAACGUCAUGUUUAUCGUUGGUUAAAUAUUGAAUAGAACCCAGCUGAUUGGCUAGCACGUGCACAUCAUACAAGGACAACUGAGUCAUGGCCAAUGCAGAGUCUGCUAUGAAGAUGGCCGUGUGCCUCCUCGUGAUAGCAGACCUGCUACUUGCCAAGAAGGACUACCACGAUAUACUGGGAGUGCCGAAAGACGCCACUGAGCGGCAGAUAAAGAAAGCAUUUCACGGGCUCGCCAUGAGGUAUCACCCUGAUAGGAACAACAGCCCCGACGCUGAAGUGAGAUUCAGGGAAAUUGCAGAAGCUUAUGAGAUGUUAUCUGAUGUUACCAGAAGAGGAGAGUACGACCAGUUUGGGGGCAGCGCCUCGUAUUUCACAGCAGGCACGCAACAGAGGCGAAGCGCGCGCCAACCAUUCAGCUUCAAAUUGGACGACAUCUUAAAGGACUUUAACAUGUACAACCACAACAGCAGGCACGCCCGGCACAGGCAACACUUUGAUGAACAUUCCCAGAAAAAAUCCCACGGGCGACACAAGAGAAACUUUGAAGGAGCCGGCUUCUUUGGCGACCUUUUCGACGACUUUGAAAAGAUAUUCGCCUUCCACAUGCACCCCACAGAGACUGAAGGCAUCUUCCGCACCGCCUCCAAACAGCACUGUAGAACAGUGACGCAGCGCAGAGAGAACAUGGUGACCACAUACACAGAUUGCACUGCAACUUAGGAAGCAAUAGCCACCUGACUCGGAUACAGUAGGCUUGUAAUGAUGAAUCAGAAAGAUACAUUUAAAUGUGACGAGAUUUCCUAAGGGGUGGGAAAUUUCCUGUUGAGAAAUUCCGCUAAUUCCACAUCAUUUCUGAAUCCUCUCAGCUGCCUGAGGUUCCACGCGCUGCUUCUGUUUGCUAGGCUUUUGCCAAGAUGUUGGAAAACAAGGGCUGGGAUUUUGUUUGUAUCUUCUGAAUGUGGAUAUUCCACCAUUGUUUCAGCAAAAAUCCCGAAGUCCAAAGUAGAGGUUAAUUCCCAUGGAUAGUUUUGAAAAUUCCGUGAAUUUUGGAACCCUGAAUGUAACAUUGAAAGCUGCUGUCCCGAUUAUAAAUGUUGCCAUAAGCAGCCAUGAGAUUGAUACUGAGGCAGACAAACUAACCACUAGAUCGCCAUUAUGUCCAUUUUGCCACCAGCUUUAUAUUUUUAGUUGCCCCCCCCUGUAUUUGGCUAGAGGGCAAUGGGGUGGCUUGCACGUCUUCAUUGCUGAUCUGAGGUUCUGGGAUUGACUCUGCCUUAGCCUUCCUGUGUGCAGUUCCUGUUCUUAUUCUCUGUGAGAACUCUUAGGUCCUGGUGUAGUUUACACCAACCUGGGUGGGUUUUACAUUGUUGUCCACUUUUUCUCACAUUAGGGCGUGUUUCUCAGAAUAUUAAAUAUGUACGAAACAGUGUUUUAGUGGACAGCUUAAAUAAAAUUGAUAAAGCACCCAUUUUGCCACCAAGGCCCCCCAUGAAAAUGUGAUUGUGUAAAGCAUCAUGACUUUUCUGUUUUUGAGCCUUUGAUUUUCUUUUGAAAUGUAUCAACUGGUUUUCAAAUGUAUGUGAGAAAAGGGGUUAAGCAGUCAAGUACUACUGUCAUGCUGUAUAAAAGUUAUUUGUAAAUACUGAAAAUAUCACCAUGCUUUCAUCGUAGUAGUAACCCACAGAAUAGAGUAAUACAAAUGGAAACAGUUCUAACAUGUUACUUCAUUUCUAGUUUGUGAUAUGACAUUGUCAGUCAUGUGCAAUAUUUUUGUUUUUGACGUAAAAGAUCCAAUGCAAGCACUUUUUGUAUGAGUGUGUGGAUUGCUGCCUUUGCGUUUUAAAAAUGUGUUUUGAGAAAUAAAAAGUUAACACCAAA